ACUUACAUCAACCCUCAUGAAGUCCGCAACCAGGGCGGCUCUGGCAACACUCUUGCCGAUGGCAGCACCAUUGCUAAUCUUGACGGCUCCGUCGAUGAACCGCCUAUACGAAGCGCGGGCUCGUCCCACUAUCUGACUGGAAAGUCAGGGNGCGAGACUCGCUGCAUAGAAANNAAAUUACCCACGAUCGAAGUCAGAAACGACCCAGAUCAAGGUGAUAUCGCCGUUUGUGCUCAUACCUUGACUGGCAUCGAGGGACUUCUCGAAAAUGAUUGCGUUCUGCGUCGUGAGAAGCAUGGUCGUAACAAGCUCGAGAGCUCAGGAAGCGUGACCUGGUACAAGAUCCUUCUUCGACAGGUCUCCAACAGCUUGACGCUCGUCUUGGCCAUUGCAAUGGCACUUUCCUACGGAACAGGAGACUUUAUUGAAGGUGGCGUUAUCACUGCUGUCAUUGUCCUGAACAUCGUUGUCGGCUUCUUCCAGGACUAUCGCGCAGAGCAAACGAUCCAAUCUCUUCGUGCCAUGGCAGCACCUGCUUGUCGUGUGGUCCGUGAGAACGGCACAAUGAUGAGCAUCAAAGCUGAAGACCUUGUUCCUGGAGAUAUCGUGCAGCUCGCCACUGGUGAUAUCGUGCCUGCCGACUUGAGACUUCAUUCAAGCAUCAACUUGGCCACAGAUGAGGCUCUUCUCACUGGUGAAUCCAAACCUUGCACCAAGGAUGCUCUCAAACGUCUUACUCAUCUCGAGUGUGCUCUGGGUGAUCGUAUCAACAUGACUUACUCGUCCACCACCGUCACGCGUGGAAGAGCACAAGGUAUUGUCACCGCGACUGGUAUGAACACCGAGAUUGGCAAGAUCGCUCAGCUCCUACGUGACAAAAAAGGUCAUGAGGACAGUUCAACCUUCAUUUCUCGUGCAGCCCGACGUGUGCUUCAUGGUAUCAAGAGCGCACUUGGUCUGAUCGGAACACCUCUCCAGGUGAAGCUGUCCUACUUUGCUUUACUCUUGUUCGCACUCGCCAUCCUCUUGGCAAUUAUCGUCUUCUCCACCAGUCUCUGGGACAUUGACGGUGAAACUCUCAUCUACGGUAUCUGUGUCGCUGUAGCCGUUAUUCCAGAAUCUCUUAUUGCUGUCCUUACCAUCACAAUGGCCAUCGGCUCCAAAGCCAUGGCUGCUGGCAAUGUGAUUGUCCGCAAGCAAGCUGCUCUUGAGGCUGUCGGCGGUGUCACCAAUGUCUGCAGUGACAAGACUGGUACUCUCACUCAAGGCAAGAUGCUCGCCAGAAAAGCCCUCCUCCCAAGUGGGAAACGUCUGACCGUCGUCAACGAACUCAGUCCCUUCGACCCGACUCGUGGUGAUGUCUUGGUUGACAAUGUCCGCCUGGAACCAGCCUCGGUCAACGAAGUUGAUGAGCUUCGUUACUUUUUCUCGACCAUCGCGUUAUGCAACAUGUCAAACGUCAUCCCACCCCAGGACGAUCAAAACCUCUGGUCUGCUACGGGCGAGCCUACAGAGAUUGCUUUGCACGUUCUGGCGCGCCGUGUCGACCAGGGCAAAGAUGAAGUUCUCUCUCGAACCGGCAUGUCUCUGCUCACAGAGCACUCUUUCGACUCAUCUGUCAAGCGCAUGUCCGUUGUCUAUAGCUACGCUGAUCCAAGUCGCACUAUUGUCUCUUUCACCAAGGGUGCUACUGAGGCACUUCUGCCUCUUCUCGAUAUGGAAGAUGGCCAACGUCGUGAGAUUAUACACCAAGUCGACACCAUGGCCAGUGAAGGUCUACGUGUUCUCUGUCUUGGUUACCGUCAUCUCGACGGAGGCGAUCUCAAAUCAAUCACUGACCGUGCCUUCAUCGAGGCCGAGGGUUCUCUUACCUUCGCUGGUCUUGUCGGCCUUUACGAUCCUCCUCGCCUAGAAUCUGCUGGCGCAAUCAAACAAUGUCAAGCAGCUGGUAUCGUUGUUCACAUGCUUACUGGAGACCAUCUCAAGACUGCGACCACGAUCGCCAAGGAGAUUGGUAUUCUUGGGCCUGACGUGUAUGGUUCAAAUGCUCAGACCGCUGUCAUGACCGCGAUUGACUUCGACAAGCUGACUGAUGACGCCCUCGAUGUCAUGGAUCCAUUGCCGUUCGUUCUUGCACGUUGCAGUCCCACCACCAAGCUUCGAAUGUUGGAAGCACUUCACCGCCGUGGUCGCUACUGUGUCAUGACCGGCGAUGGCGUGAACGACUCUCCUGCUCUCAAGGGUGCCGACGUAGGUGUCGCCAUGGGUCUGAACGGCAGCGAUGUCAGCAAAGAAGCUGCAGACAUGGUUCUGACUGACGACAACUUCGCAUCAAUCGUCUCUGCCAUACGCGAGGGUCGCCGUCUUUUCGACAACAUCCAGAAGUUCUUGCUCCAUUUGCUGAUCUCAAACAUCUCGCAAGUCAUCCUGCUGCUCAUCGGUCUAGCAUUCAAAGAUCGUCAUGAUGUAUCGGUGUUUCCUCUGUCGCCUAUUGAGAUUCUCUGGGCUAAUCUUCUCACCUCAUCCUUCUUGGCCAUUGGCCUGGGCAUGGAAGAGGCAUCUGCCGAUGUCAUGACCCGCGCCNCCNACAGCCUGAAGGCCGGUGUUUUCACAAAAGAACUCAUCGUAGACAAGUUCAUCUAUGGUACUUUCAUGGGAGCCCUUUGUCUCGCCUCCUAUGCCAUUGUCGCUUUCGGUGUCGGUAACGGCGACUUGGGCUAUGACUGCAACGAAAGCUACAACUCUUCCUGCGACUUGCCUUACCGCGCCCGUGGUACGGCAUACAGUGUUCUUACCGUGCUGCUUUCCGUCAUGGCCUGGGAAGCCAAGCACCUUACCCUGGGUCUCUUCAACAUGGAUAAGUCAACCAGCUUCAUCGGCAACCUGAUGAAGAACCGCUUCUUGUUCUAUUCCGUUUGUGCUGGAUUGCUCACACCCAUUCCUAUCAUAUACAUCCCUGUGGUCAACAAACAGGUAUUCAGGCACACGGCUUUGACCUGGGAGUGGGGUCUGGUGUAUGGCAGCGUUGUCUUGUUUGUGUCGCUUGUUGAGACUUGGAAAGCCAUCAAGCGUCGCAAGGGAUAUGGAAAGAAGAGUUGGAACGAGAAGUACAUCGAGAGAAGUGAUGACAGCAGUGUUUUGACUGCUGUC